UUGCUGCUUGACCUCUUCUAGUAGUACCAGUACACUGCUUUGUUCUGCGAAGCUCCCUGCUCCAUAGCUCUGCUGGGUGUCCGAUGCUAGGGCAUGGUUGAUGCCUGCGACGCGUAUUCAGCAGUGCCCAUACCAUCUAUGGCAGUUACCGGGCAGCUUUGUAUGCCCGACUAUAGAACCGUGCUCCAAGCUUGCUCGACGUUCUAGGGAUGCCUACAGGCCCCAACAUGCCUUGCAAAGGGGGGCUGGCAGCCUCCUGCGGUUCGAAGCGCCUGCAAGCGCUUUAGCGCAGUUUGUCCCUGUCUCAUGUCUGAUGGCAGCAAGGCUUCAAGGGAAACUUCUAUGUGACAAGUGACGGCAAGUGAGGCACACGUAUGUUCUUCUAACGAUCAUUCUCGCCAUACAGCCAGGCUCUAUAUACCACGAACAAGGUCGAGCAGAUCCAUCUGGACUGCCAGUUCAUGUCACGAUGUCGACAUCGAGCCUCUUCCACCCACACUCGGCGUUAUAUGCAGUAUUGGGCGCUCCCUCCGGUCGAUACCACAUCAAAGCUCAGGACACAGGCUCAAGCUCAAGAGAUGGGACUAAGGCUAGUAGUUUACACACAGGAUCAAGAGUACUAGUGCUUCAGGGUUUUCUGAAAGAGUGGGUGUACAGGCCAAAACACCCUGAUGACUCGGUUGCUGUCCAGCGACGAGGUACCUUCCUGAGGCGCCACCCUCUCACUACAUUUCGACGGGACUGCUUGAACGUCUCUGGGAGUCAAGGGAGAUCAUGGCGAUGAACCGAGAGAUACAAAUGUGUGUGACAGGACCUUCGAGAAGUCCAGAUAGUAACUAUGGUAGAAACCACUACUAUCUCAAGUCGCUACCCAUGGCAUACAGCCUGACUAGGCUGCUCAGGUCGUCCUAUGUACAGCAGGCUCGAAUCUAUGCUCCGAGUAUUGUCUAUCACCCGGCUUCUUCCCCCCAAAGAAGCCCAUAGGCAGGCAUAGCGCGGAACACAAGAUUGCCAUGUCGAAGACAGCCCUCCGGCGUGAAUCCCACAUACAUAUGUGCUCGCCCUGGGCUUCCGCCCUUUGUUCUCCUUUGGCCAUUGAUUGCUGACUCUCUCGGACUACUAUCUAACACGUCCAAAACCAAGGUCUGGCCUCCUCGAGCCGUGAGCUGGUACAUUCAAACAUUGAGCGCCGACUUGACUUGUUCCUGGACUACCUCUUCCGGUCUAAUAUUUCCAACUGAGCAAUCAGUGUUAUGGCCAACCUGUGCGUUAGGCUCAUAUUACUUUUCUUGGGUACUAUUGGAGCACACGAAUCCAGAAUCCUCCUGUCGGCUUCUUCAAUAUUACUAAGACAGCUUCAAUCCCUUCGUCCAUAGUCAUCACUGUUUCGUAGGCAUAUGCUACUAGUGGUAUAGGGGUGCUGAUAGACCCAUGCCAGUCUUCAAUGCCCAUUGCUCCCAAUGAAGCCCAUUAUUGUGCUAAAGCUAUGCUUUCCAAGCCUCGAAAAUCUAAAGCAAUAUCGAAAAGGUCGGUGGUUCUGUCGCAUUGAACACAAGACGACGUGAAGACCUGGAGAUAAGUUAUAAGCCAGGCCCGGCCAACCUGUGUACUACUGAGACGAAAGGCCGGCAAGCUACUAAGCUGGACUUCUAGCAGACCCAUACUAGUACCUACAGUAGGUACUAUUCGAUUCAAGACUCCAGGAGGCGAGAUACCUAGGAGUUAUGCGUCUCACCUACCUAGGUACCCAAAUACCUACCGACUUAGGUAGUUCGUAAAUGUUCAUCUCCCUCCCAACCUAACCAUCAGCACUUACCCCGUACACCGGACACCACACACAGCACACCUAGUCUAAGGUACCUAGGUAGGUAUUACUGCUACUGAUAGUACCUAAGGUACCUAGGUGAUCCUCAGCCAUCACCGCCAAACAGGUCCUCUUCACUGCCAGUAAGGAGCGGCACGAUCGAGACCAUUUCUUUGGCUUCACCUCAUUUCGCCGCCCUAUCAAUACUUCGGGGCUGGCUGUUAACGAUUUCACUCUGACUCAGAUCAUCUGGCUGGACGCCAGAUGGCUCCUUCAGUUCGACGAUUGAAUCUCUCAGGAACUUGAAUCCAUCAGACACAACAUGACGAUCGCCCUGACUGAACGAUCGUGCGCCUGUCCGCCAGACCAGCGUUCCAACCACCUUUCUCAUCUCCCUCCGCUACUCUGUUCCUCCCCCACCGAUCGGUGGCACGACUCCUGUGCCACUACAUUGGAGGGAAUAGGUUGGAGUCAAGAGACGUGUUCUAACGCCAUUCUGUCCCAUGGCAAUCAGAAAAUGGUCAAGAGGUGUGCUGCCAAACUUGAGGAGCGUGGUCGGUUACUGCGAGAUUUCAUACACUGCGAGAUUCACACGAACCUGAGUACACACAAUAUCAAUGCUAUCCCCAUCUUCGGAUAAACUAUCGGACACUAUCUAACCGGGGUGAUAACAGCAGCUUAGGGUGAAUACUUGAGGUAUUGUAUAAGCCCGCGGGUUGCGUGACAACAUGGAGCGUAAGCAAACUCGAUCUUGACCGCGAAUACGAUCAAUACUACCAGCACUGCAGUGCAUUCUAUUCACAAUACAACCAGUGCCUCAGGCUGGACAUAUAGCCGUACAUUGGCAACUCACGCCGUUGCCGGCCAAAGUGGGAUUUUUCUACCACUGCAGCCAUUGCAUUGCUCCGCGUAAUUCUUUAACCGUGAGGACUACCAUCUGCCUGCCUGUCGUGCAGCAUGUCCUACUACUGUCAGAAGUGAGGUACAAUGUGGCACCAACCUGAAGGUAGGGAUGUAAAGAGCCUGAGGUUGAUGACAGCGCUCCAUUGUUACGGUUGGCCUGUCUGUACUUUGGAUGAAUAGCAGUAGUAUUUAUUACUGUACAUUCGUUUUAUUUUUAUAUUUCUAAAUCGAUUUUUUAUUUUCAAAUCGAUUUUUGUUUUGGCGGGGAACACCCCACGUUGCUCUUGAGAGGCUUCCGGUACUAAAUAUUGUUCCGAAAACACCAAAAUAUCUCAGCCUACCGUCAGUACAACUUGUUGCUGUGACAUGAAAUGGGCUACAUCAAGGAGAACAUCUAGAUCGAGGGUUCAUUAACAUUCCGCUGUAGCAGGCAAUAGGACAUAGAUGGAAACGGAGCGUCGACUGUCAAUGUAGUAUGUGCUUGUCCGAACCAAGCUCGGAAUAUUCAAUUUUUAUAUAUUUGCAGACAUCAUCAAAUCCUUGUCAUGCAUAUCUCAUCAACACAUGGAUUUUUGGUUCACUUUG